UUUCGCAUGGUAUAUGGAGAAGGAUUUUUUGGGGUCAUAGCUAGUUGUAGAAUAAGAGAGUGGAGUGUUGACCGUAUGCGGAACUUAAGCUAGGAUGGAACUUUGACUGGAUGUGCGUUUGAUCGACAGCUGUUAGGGUUAGUUGGGUCAGUGAGUACAAAAAUGUAAAGGCAAAAUUGCUCAACCUGUCACUCUUGACUCUUCACUCCUCAGCCUAGCCCUCCCCUCUCCUCCGCACUCACUGCUCAGUCAUUUAUUCAUCAUUUGAGUUUGACAUCGACAUUGUUGUCGGACAGCCUCAGGCUUAGCUCACCCUGAAGCGUAAACAGUAACUGCCAAUCCAAUUAUUUAGAGGUAGAACCUAAAUCACAACAAAGGACAAAGCAGUGCUGUCAUGUCAUGAUCGACUCGCUUGUGGUACAUGUAUGGAAGGACAUCCAACAACCAUGACAACUGGCCCUGGGCAAAGUCGAAGACUUAAACAUUAAUAAUCAAUAACAACGGAAAGAUGGGGUUUUUAAAAGUGUGGAAACUACCUCUCUUUCGCAGUAUCGUCAAUAGCAACAAAUGGAAGUCCAUAUUGAAUUUUAUUGGUGUAUUUUAUUACAUCAUUAUGAUAUUGAUUGCAGCUACAUUAGAAUGGUUUGUUAUUUUGCCGGAGCUGUCGCACAAACUUGACUUUUCCAUCGGGAAACACCGCUUGUUUCUCCUUUACUUGCUAAUCAAUGGAAUAGGGAAUUAUCUCCUAGCGGCUCUGCGUGACAUUCACUGGAAAAAGAGUUGGAAUAAAAAAAAACGAUUGACGGCGGAACCUUUCCGAUCUCAUCACUGCAAACUGUGCAACGUAUGCGUUCUCAAGCACGACCAUCAUUGCUUUAUAAUCGGAAAAUGCAUUGGUUACCACAACCAGAAACACUUCAUCAUCUUCAACAUGUACACCAUGCUGCUUUCUUUGUACGGCCUUAUCACCCUAGCAACAUACAUGCAUCUGGCGUUUAAGAUGGAGUUUGCAGGAGCUUUGACUUUCUUCACACUUUUCGCGACGUCUUUCAUGGCGUGGAGUCAAGGUUCGAUUGGGUUUCCUCAAGUAUCCCUUGUACUGUUACUCUACAUUUGCCUGAUGAGCACUCUGGCUUCCUUUGGCUUUCUCGCUUGGGAACUGACUAUUACAUCAAUGGGAUUGACCACACACGAAAUGAUGAACGGAACGAAAGGAACGAACACAUCAAUUCGGGAGAAUUUUAAAGACGUUUUCGGCCAGUACUGGAUUCUUGGGCUGUUUGUUCCGCUGCCUCUUCCACAAUAUGGAACAGGAUGUUAUGAGUAUGUAAUGAGAAAACCGAACAGAAAGCAUGAUUCCUAAUUCCUAGUUGUUUAUAUAAAUAUAUUUGAAUAAUAGUUUUGGUUUUUCCCUUACACCGCUAGGCUAUGAUUAGUAUUGUCAUGCCAGUUUUAUUUGAAGUCUGAAAUUUAAUUAAUUCUUAAUUUUUGUGCAAUCAUUUAAGGUCAUCUGGAAGUGGUAUUUUUUCAAAAUAUGGCUUUUGUCACUAAUAUAUGUGUUUUGAUGAGUGGAAUGUGAAU